AUGCUUAUGGUUAAUGAGACUAGGAUGUUGAAGUUCAAGCAGGUGCAACAAGAGCACGUUGGCGUCUUGAGAGAACUGCUAGCGUUUUGUGAGACUCUAAGACCGAGUCCAAAAGCUGCUCAAAAGUAUAUGAAAGAUGUGAAAGUAAUCUUAGAAUUCGUUACCAAUUCUUUAAAAGUACUUAUCGCUAAGCAUACGUUAGUAACAUCACCAAGUGAGUUGUUACCGGCACGACUCUUUGCAGAAGUUGAACUGUUAAACACAUAUAAGGAUGUUUUAUUUGGUUCUAUCAAAUUAAUCUUUAACAAGGACACUUCUGCUUUCAGAAUGAGAACUGAACCUAAUUUUACUCAAAGUGUCAUAAAGAUAUACAUGGCAUUGAUACAGUUUCAUCAUAUGUGGGCAGCAGAGACAUUACAACUAAAGUCCAUGAUUCAUGCGUUCCAAUACCAAUUUGGUUCUAACUACAACAUUGCCAACUGUAACAUUUUAAAUUUAAACCAAGUUCAUGAUCUUUUAUCCCAAACUUUUGACCUAGUCUCACCUCCACUACUAGAUAUUCGACGCGUAGCCAAGAGGGACUAUUUCCGUUUAACCACGGAAAGAUUUGGAUACCGAGAACUAUUGGUGGAAAUUUUUCAAUUGUCCAAUGGUGAAUUGGCUAUUUUCAAAGUAAAUUGUGGGGAGUUGCCUGCUCCCACAAAUUCAUCCAGUCACCUUUUACAACGAUUAGCCGAAGGUGAAUCUAACUUAUUAAAUUUGGGUAGAACUCUUUUGUUUCCAGCAUUGAGGGAAUAUGAUCUGGAAGUUGUAACACUUAUUGAUUCCGGUACUGAGUUACGUACACCUACUAGUAGUGACGUUCAUCUACAAUUACAAUGUGUGGAUGCUAUGCAAUGGGAAAGCCAUUGGAAAUUCUGCUUUCAGAAGUUGUUUGACAAAAAGAACGUUAUCCCACCUUUGCUACAGAGUAGUACCUUAGCGCCAAUGGCAAGAUCUUCGCAUCCUUUCCAAUCCUUUAAAUUCAAGCAUCAAAAACUGGAAGAUUUAAGACCUGAUACUUACAGCGGCAUUGCUAUUCAAAUGCCCCAACAAGUAGUAGAAUCUCAAAAGGCCAAGGAAAAUUCUAUCAAAGAUUUCAAGCAAAAUUCUUUCAAGCUACACAAGUCUAAACCUUUACAGAGGCCAUUAUCCUCAAUGAUGCAAGAUAUUGAUUUGAACGACACACCAAAAAGAAGUGCCAGUGACAACAGCAUGUUUAAGUCGCCUUCAUUGAGAGAUAUCGAACAAUUAAGUUGUUCCAAAUUGUUAGAAUUGGAUAAAAGUAUUGAUAUGAAUCUUUCUCAAACAGCACUAGAGACUCCAGAGAUGAAAGAGUGCAAAACCAUGUCACAACAUUCGUCGAUUGAGAAAACUGAUCCAGUAGUGGAAGGUGAUAUCGAAGUUAUUGAUAUCGAAAGCGAUGACGAUACUGAUGGCCAAGAGAGUUCUAUCUUUAACCCAACCGCCGAUAUUUACAAACCAAGCUUUCAUAACCGUAAAUCUUUCUCUUUACUCAGUUUAUUCAAACCAAAGAGUAAGAAGAAUUCGAACAUUGAUACCAGUAAUGAUAGUGGGUUUUCACUAAACAACCAAAAUUCGAGUUCAAGUUUAUUUGGCCCCAGAUCUGCUACUUCAUCCUCAUUGUCUUCUAAGAGCAGUAUGAACUCUUUACUAAAGUCUAACAAUGGCGUUGGAAUUCCUUCUGGCAUUGGGUUGAAUAAUGAAAGUACCAUCUUUGAAAGUAAAAUUACCAGAGUUUCCAGCUGGAAUGGAAGAUUAUGGGAACCAAUAAAGGCCGAAAAAUUGAAAUUGACAAUUGUAAAAUCAAAUAAAAAUGAAACCGUCUUAGUGGUCCAUGAGGAGAAGGAAAUUUAUUUCUGUAAGCUUGCCGCCCGUAUCACACCACAAUGGAAAUGCUCUAGAGGCGGUGCACAGGAUGUGCAGUUGAACGUUCCCUUUAGCGAAUUUAUGGCCAACACAUUUUCUGAAGGAGGCAACUUUUUGAAUAUAAGAUGUGUGGAAGCUAACAGAUUACAAAACUUCUUACAACACUGCAUAAAAGGAGAUGUAAUACCCGCCCACCUAUUGUCCCAUUCAUUACCUAAUUCUAUGACUGCAGGAACUCUAUCAAGCAAUGGUUCAUCCCUCCUAAGUGAUCAGUCAUCUUCGAUGAUUUCGGAUUCAAGUGCUUUCAAACUGGCCGCUAGUGCCGCUAAUACAAGGUUACUUUUACCGAAUAUAAAAGUAAAAAGAUACGUUCAUUCAGAGACCACUACGUGGCAAGAACAACUUUCCACUAUGGUAGAUUUGUAUGCUUGUGAAUACAAAGGGCUCCUGCUUCGUGUCCUCUUCAAGUUUUUGGAAAAUGGUAAAAAUGAUGAUACGCUAUUAGUGGGAUUAAAUGAUAUUAGGAGAAUUGGUACAACAGGUCUUCUCUUAGUUUGCAGGAAUGAGGAACAAUUUUUGGAAUUUCAAAAUAAGGCUGUGGCAGACCAGGUCUACAGACUCAUAAGACCAUGA